UUGCAUGCUUAGCUUCUUUGAAAUAACUAAUCACUUUAGCCUGUGGGACAAACAUGGGGUUGGAAGCUUGCUGUGCUGUUGAAUUUGAUAUCAAUGGAGAGGAAACUUUCAUGAUAAACAAGAAUAUUCUUACAACUUUGUGCCGUAAAUUUAGCAACUUAUUUGGCAAUCUGGUUGGAGAAAAAGUGAGACUCAAAGUUAUAUUCAAAGACUUCCCGGGAGGUUCACAUGGUUUUGAGCUCGUGGCGCGGCUCUGCUAUUGUUAUAGCACUAGCAGUAGCAUGAGCAUGGAGCUAUUAUCUCCAACAAAUGUAGCAAUUCUAUGUUCUGCUGCUGAUUUCUUGGAGAUUGAAUCUAUGGAAGCACCAAGCUUGAAGCCUCAUGUUGAGAAAUUUCUUCAAGGGAUUCGGUUCUGGACUUGGUGUGAGCUUAUUGAAGCAUUGAAACAAUGCCAAGGCCUAUUCUGUUCCAAGAGUUAUUCAUAUUCAGCAAUUGUUGAAAGGAUGAUUGUGGAUCAAUUGAUAGAGAGGGUUGCUUUUCCAAGAAUUAUUGCAAGUCCAUUUGCAUGUUCUUCUGAUAGAUCCAGCUUCCAAUUUUCCUGUGAUAGUAGCAGCAUCAAUAAUAGUAACUGCUCUUCUGUUGAUUCAUCAUCAUGGUGGUUUGAAGAUCUUGUGUUCUUGAAGAUUGGUUUGGUGGACAAAGUCAUAAGGGCAAUGAUAUCUCAUGAUUUUGAUCAUGCCAUUGUUUCAAAGUUUCUAUUCUACUAUCACAAAUCAAAUUCUCUUAGUGAUGCUGCAGAAGCAGAGAAGAUUGAGACAACAAAGGUUGUGAUCAAUCUUCUUUCCAUGCUCCAAGUUCGGUCGAUUCCAUGCAAGGAUUUAUUCGAUCUUAAUCGAGUUGCAACUAGCUUGAAGAUAAGCAGAUGCUGCAGAAAUGAGAUAGAAAAACUCAUAGGUGCUCUGCUGGAUCAAGCAACAAUUGAUUACCUGAUUCUUCCAUCUCCAAAUGGAAUGAAUCAUGCAUAUGAUGUUGAUUUUGUCCUAAGGGUGAUGCAUACAUUCUUCUUUGGAGGUAGUGCUGAGUUAACUUCCAAUAAUCGGCUUAAGAGAGUUGUGAAAAUGUUGCAUUUGUUCCUACUAGAAGUUGCUCCUGAUCCCCAUCUCAAACCUUGUGAAUUUGAAGCAUUGAUUAGAGUGGUUCCAGAUGCUGCAAGGGAAUCUCAUGAUCAAUUAUACAUUGCCAUGGAUAUUUAUCUAAAGGUUCAUGCAGGAAUAAGUGAUCAUGAAAAGAUGAGAAUAUGUUCCACAUUGAAGCAUGAAAAGUUGUCAGCUGAAGCUGUGAGACAUCUUAGUAGAAAUCUGGCGUUUCCUUCAGAAACAAAACCAAGAUUAAAUGUAAAUAGACAAAGCCGAAUGAAAAGCCUGCUACAGGAAAAUGAUCACUUGAAAAGCUUCUUUGACUCCAUGUUUCUCAAAAGCUUCAAGAACAUUAUCAUUGAUGUGAAAGAGGAUGCUGAAAAGAGAACAAUGUUGUAUGAUGGUGAUGAAGGAAUACAUAAUAGUGGGACCCAAAUGGCAAGUCUAAAGAAGACAGGGAAUCAUAAUUUGAGUUUGAGCAAUGCUGCUGUUUAUUACUUGCCAAAACUCUGUUCAUAAGAUUAGCUUAAUUUCUUAUAUGACACUCAAGUAUAUAUUUUCAAUUCAUUAUUCAUGUAUAAUAGUUUUGAUAUACGAUAUUAUUUAU